CUUAUCAUUGAAGAACUAUCAGAUUUAUUUUAUGAGUGUCAAUGGCUGACAAUGUGGCUUCAAACAAACUAAUAUAAUUAGUUUAAGAUUAUCUAUAUUAUUUUAUUGAUAGCAAUUAUCUAGUGUUUGAAGUUUUGAUUAAGAUAUUUUUAAGCAUUUAAUAAUUGUUCAUAAUUUGCUUCCUAAGUGUAGACAUUAAGUAAUUUAAUAUUUUUAUAAUUAUAAUGUAAAUUUUCUUUUAGAGCAAUUAUUCUUCUUUAUAAACAAUAUGCUGAGCUUAAUCAAACUAAAUUAAGACUAAUAAUGAUUGUUUGUACUUGAAAUCGACUUGUUAUACAAAGCACAAAUGAGUGGUAGAGAAGAUGGGUUCUCAAUUUUGGGACAUUUUACGCCAAGGAAUUUGGGCUUCUUUCACUGGAGGAUGGUAUUACGAACCAAAACACAGCAUAUUCACAAAUACAUUCCACCUUUACUUAUGGCUCAUUUUACUUUGUUUACCAUUUUUUGUUCAUUUAUAUGUGUCAGAUAUUCUAAUAUGGCUUUUAUAUUCGACAAUUGUAAGUUUGAUCAUUACAAUAAUAAAAUGUAUAAAUUGGUCUUUGCACUGCAUGUUUGAUACUACAGAAUAUAUUGUAGAAGAAGACACCAAAAAGGAUAGUAGUUCUGAUCUUGAGUGCCGACGACCUCCAUUAAGAGAGCCUAACAAAGAGGAAGAAGGCAUUGAAAUGCAGAUUCUAGGUGGAGUUGAUAGUAUAGACAAAAAUGAGCCUUCUACAUCUGGAACAGCAUAUCAUCAAAAUGAAUCUAAUAAUGAAAGGCAAAGUAGCUCUACUAGUACAGAUUCUGGUUUACAUCUCCAAGAAAAAAGUAAAUCAGAGUUUUCACUUAAUAAUAAUCAAAUUUUUGUUGAAAAACCAAAUCAUGUCAAAACUAGUAGGCCUUAUGAACGAGGUGACUUAAAAAGCUUUUCAGAAAUAUGGAAAUAUCAAGAUGAACGCAGACAAGACUUCAUAACAGUUUCUACAGACUGUUUUCCAAAUGAUAGUAAUAAUUCAACAUUUCAAAGGGACCCAAAAAGUGUUAGUUCAGAUUAUUCAACGUGUAGUGAUGUUUUUUCUAAAGAUAAAGACUUAGGAAAAACAUCUAGUUACCAACUUGUUUUUACAUCAAGUGAUAUUGUUUAUCCAAUUGUGGAACAUUGUGAAGAACAUAGUUCUAAUCAGGGAAUUAUACACACAAUAAUUGAUAGUGAUGAUGACGAUGAAGCAGGUAGUAGAUCACCUUUAUUAACAUGUCAUGUAGAUAAUUGGAAACUAUGUUCAGAGAAUGUUAACGGAGUUUUGAAAAUGGAUAGUGACAUUGAAGUUGCCUUAAUAGAUGUGAAUAAACCUGAAGACAAUUUUUUGAAACAAUCAGUAGAUUCACCAGAAAAUUUUGGUUUAGAUUGGCUAUUUGAACAUACAGAAAGUGAAUCAGAAUUUGAUGACAUAAUUAUAAGAAAAGAAGAAAAUAUUAGAUUGGUUCCAUGGCAUUUUACAUUUUCUGAUGAUGAUUAUACCACUACUUCAGAAGAUAAUAAUUCUAGAAAUAAGUGUGAAUUAAAAGAGCUUUGUAGAGAAGAUAUUGAAACAACACCAAAAGCCGAAUUUGAAAGUUCUAAUGCUUUAGCAAAGACUAAACAAACAAAAGAAGGAAAGAAAUCAAAUAAAAAAAGAAAAGCAACUUCAACUCCUCAUCUUAGUAUAAAAAAUGAUUCAGAUCGGAAAAGUCAUAGAAGAACUAGUAAAAAUAAAUUAAAUGAAUCACGACGAUGCAGAUGUGAUAAAAAUAAAAGUGAUAUGGAAUGUGGAAUUGAAUCAAAAAGUUAUCCAACAGUUACUGAUGAGUGGAUUGAUAAUAAUACACUUAGUAGACCUGAUGCAAUGACAACACUUAAUGUAAAUGAAGGAGCUUCAUCUUCAGCUGGUUCACACAAUGAACUGAGUUCACUAUUGCCUGCUAGCUCAGAACUUAUAAUAAAUCCAACUGUGGAUUUAAUUAAUGAUAAUAAACCUCGUGUUUCAAAUUUGAAAAAUGAGAUGGUUCCAGAAAGCAUUGAGCUUGGAUCUAACCGAAUAGAGGGUCGUAGUAGAAUGAGACAACGGCAUGUCAGUCAAAGUAAUCGUCAUGCAAGAUCUCGUGAUUCACACAAUUCUCCAUUUUUGCAAACAACUGAUGGUGUUAAUUUUGCUGCUUGUUCUGAAGAUACAUCAGAUGGAGCUGUACAUUUUUUCCGAGAUGAAAAUGGGCAAUGGAUGACAUAUACUUUUCGUGACAUGUUAAAUAAUAAUUCUUCUAUCAUUAAGCCAUUUUCUUGUACAUCUCGCCGUGAUGAGUCUUCUGAUGAUCUUGUAUUUAAUCAUUCCCCUGUUCGGCUAUUUCCUCGUUUAAAUCGAGGUUAUGAACAUCAACAUCAGUUUGAAACUGAUGACUCAUAUUGGCUUCAAAAUCAACCUCAAAGAUACCGUCAUUUUAAUAUAUCACCUAUUAUUACACCUGUCGAAGAAAAUUUAGAGCAUGAUCAUGAAAACAUCAGACCAGAUUAUCAAGAUGAAUAUCCAGCAAUACCAAGACAGUUACGAUUUGAUCUUCUUGAUCCAAAUGUUGGCAUGCCAAAACCUAAAAGAUAUUAUCCAUAUAAGCCACUUAAAACAAUAUGUUUCAAAAUUCGUUUUGACCGCCUUGCUUUACUAACAGCUGUUGAUAGAAAUUUGAGUUUAUUUGAACUUUGUAUUACAAUAGCUCUAGCAACAACUGUAGCUGUUCUUGGUGCUUUUGUAUUAUAUUACAACUUUUAUCAAGACAUUCAGGCAUUUAUAUUUUGUUUUGUUAUUGCUGGUUGUCAAUACUCAUUAAUAAAAUCUGUUCAGCCUGAUGUUGCAUCUCCUACUCAUGGAUUUAACAAAACUGUUGUUUAUAGUCGGCCAGUUUACUUUAUUUUAUUUUCUUCUAUUCUUCUUUUAACUCAUUUGCAGUUAAAUUCAGGUCAAACUUUUUAUCAAUUAAAAUUAUAUGGGUUUACAAUACACAUAACAUACAUGUUAGAAACUUUACGUGAUUUUUUAAAAAAUAUUUUAUUAUUUUUACCAAUAGCGUUUAGCUUGGGCUUAUUGCCACAAGUAAACACAUUUUUCAUGUAUGCAUUAGAACAAACUGAUAUACACUUAUUUGGAGGUAACGCGACAAGUUCAUUAAAAGGUUCUGCUUAUUGUGUAGUUCGAAGUUGUUUAGCUGUAUCAAUAUUAUAUGGUAUUGCUUAUGUCGCACUAUAUGAAUGGACUGGAUCAUCGAGAAAUGUGCUUUUUUCAUUAUAUUGUGCCAUUCUCACAUCUAUUUCAUAUCAUUUGAGUCGAAGUUCAAGUGACCCAGCACCAAUAUUAAAUUUGUUAAAAACUUAUUUAUGGCCAAAUGAAGAUAUAUUUUCUAGACCUGAUGUAGAAUGUUCUUGGCCUAAAAAAGAAAUGGAAAAAUUAAAUAAAGAUUCAGAACAAAAAGAAACUAGAUGUGUUGAACAAACUACCAAAUCUGAGUUAGACGAUGAAAUUGAAAUUCAAGAUAAUUGGCCAAAAGAAUUACAAGACACAAUAAAUGGAAGAUUAAAAUCAGACUUGAUUUUUUGUCCAGUUGUUUGUUUAAUUAUUUAUGCCAUACAUUCUAGUAAUAUAUUUUUAGCUCUUCAACCAGAAUUAAAUCCAGUAAUGUGGUGUAUAACAUUUAGUGUUGGAUUUGUAUUGCAUUACAUAAUACCACAGCUACGGAAGCAAUUACCUUGGCUUUGUAUUGCUCAUCCUAUACUUAAACCUUUGGAGUACAACCAAUAUGAAGUUAAACAAUUAGCCAAAAUUAUGUGGUUUGAAAAAGUUUAUGUAUAUUUAUGUUUUUUUGAGCGUAAUGUACUUUAUCCGCUUAUGUUUAUUGGCUGUUUAACGUCUGAUAGUGUUACUGUUGUAAAAAAAUUAGGAACCUCUUUAGGUUCCUUAAUUUUAUCAAUAUGCGCAUUGAAAUGCUUUCGAUGUUCAUUUUCACAACAAUCUAAGCAAUAUAACAUAUUAGCAUUUGCUGUUCUAUUUUUUCAACUAGAUUAUCUCAAAUGUUCAGAAACUUUUAUCAUUGAUUAUUACUUAACUGCNAAGAAAAUAUAUGUAUAUACAGUAAGGAAAAAUAAAAUAAUCGAACUUCAAUUUGUUAUUACAUACAUUGCUCCUUGGCAAAUUACAUGGGGUUCUGCCUUUCAUGCUUUUGCACAACCUUUUUCUGUACCACAUUCAGCAAUGAUGUUUCUUCAAGCAUUUAUAUCAGCAGUAAUUUCAUCACCACUAUAUCCAUUUUUAGGAAGUGCUAUUUUUUUGACAUCAUAUCCACGACCAGUAAAAUUUUGGGAGCGAGAUUAUAAUACUAGACGUGUUGAUCAUACAAACACCAAACUUUCAUCUCAUUUAGAAAGAAAUCUUGGUGCAGAUGAUAAUAAUUUAAAUUCAAUAUUUUAUGAACAUCUUACACGUUUAUUGCAACACACAUUAUGUGGUGAUCUAAUUAUGGGCCGUUGGGGAAAUGUGUCUCAAGGAGAUUGCUUUGUAUUAGCAUCUGAUUACUUAAACUGUCUUGUUCAUAUUGUUGAAAUGGGUAACAAUUUAGUCACAUUUCAAAUGCGUGGACUUGAGUUUCGUGGAACUUACUGUCAACAAAGAGAAGUAGAAGCAAUAUCAGAAGGUGUUGAAGAUAAUGAAGGAUGUUGUUGUUGUGAGCCUGGACAUUUCCCCCAUAUAUUAUCAUUAAAUGCAGCUCUUGGUCAACGUUGGCUUGCAUGGCAAGUUGUUGCAGCUAAGUAUGUUGUACAAGGAUAUAGUAUAUCAGAUAUAAACGCUUCUUCAAUGUUACAAGUAUUUGAUUUUCGAAAAGUGUUAGUCAGCUAUUAUGUUAAGAGUAUCAUAUAUUAUGCUAUAAGAUCACCAAAAUUACCACUUUGGUUGGCAUCUGAAGAAAUUAAUGAAGGUUUAAAACCAACUUUGAGCAAAAGUUUUGUAGACCUUGAUCCAGUUUUUAAUAUAAACAUUGAUGAAGAUUAUGAUUUACUUUCAUGUGGAAUUACUCGUAAUAGUUUUUGUUCUUUUUACUUGGAAUGGAUAAGAUUUUGUGCUUUUCAAACUGAAAAUAUAAGAAAAGUUGUUAUUGAUAAAGGUAAAGAAUCUAUAUUAGUAUCAUUAUGUUUUGCAUUAAGUUUGUUAGGUAGACGUUCAUUGGGUUUAGCUUCUCAUACAACUAUGUCUAGUGUUGAAUUUUUUCUUUAUGGUCUACAUGCAUUGUUUAAAGGAGACUUCCGCAUAACUUCUACUAGAGAUGAAUGGAUAUUUGCAGAUAUGGACUUAAUGAAAAAAGUGUUAGCCCCCGCAAUUCGCAUGUCUUUAAAACUGCAUCAGAAUCAUUUCAUGGUUCCUGAUGAAUAUGAAGAUCCAGCAGCUUUGUACAAUGCUAUAAAUUAUCAUCAACGACAUUUAGUUAUUUCUCAUGAAGGCGAUCCAGUUUGGAGAAAUGCAGUUCUUUCUGGAAUGCCAUCAUUGCUGGCUCUGAGGCACAUAAUGGAUGAAGGAUCAGAUGAAUAUAAAGUGAUAAUGUUGAAUAAACGAUUUUUAAGUUUUCGUGUCAUAAAAAUAAAUCGAGAAUGUGUUCGUGGUCUUUGGGCUGGCCAACAACAAGAAUUAAUUUAUUUAAGAAAUCGCAACCCAGAACGGGGUAGUAUUCAAAAUGCCAAACAAGCAUUGAGAAAUAUUAUCAAUUCAUCCUGUGAUCAACCUAUUGGUUAUCCAAUUUUUGUGUCACCAUUAACAACAUCUUAUGCAGAGACUAAUGAACAAUUGUCAUCACUAGUUGGAGGUUCAAUAAGUCUAAGAGAAAUUAAAAAAACUAUUAUUAGAAUUUGGACAAGACUAAAAAGUAGAUGUGUAGAAGGAUGUUCAAGUGGUAGUUCUUUACAAUCACACGAUGAAGGUGGUUUUGGUCAUGAUGGAGUCUAUGCUAUGACUCAGUUUAACCGUCACUCAGGUUAUGGUACUAGAACUCCUGGAAGCCAAUCUAUAGAAAUGAGUGGUAGUGGAAGCGGAAUGGGUGGUAGUAUCAGUAGUAGAAGUGGUGGUACUAGAGGAAGUACAGCAAAUGUAGCAGGAAAACCAAAUUCAGCUGGAUUAGCAAAUUUAGCAGGAUUAUUAUCAUCAUCACAAUCACCUGUGACUAGUUCACCACAAGCUUCUGUUGAUAGUAAUCCUCACAAUGAUAACUCCCCUGUUCAGCAUAGAGUUUUGAUAUUAGAUCCAUCACAGGUGUAUGAUGCAAUUAAUUUAGGACGAAGAAUAGAUGUAGUGUGGCCAGAUGAAAAAAUGAGAAUAAGAGGAGGUCGAAGUUACUGGAAAGAUUGGCUUCCUGAAAAAGGAAUGGAAGGAUUGGUUGUUCAUCAAUGGAUUCCUAAUCAUCGUGACUUAUCUAGAAGAUCUCAUGUAGAUAAAACUAUUUUAUUAAUUAAGAUUGACGAGCGAUACGUGCCCAUUGCCGAGUCUGGUGUAUUAGAUUUAGGAGCAGAAGUGUGAAAAUUUAUAUGAUGACUGAUUUAUUUGAAAUUAAAAAUUUAAAAAAAUAUAGUAUUAUAAUUAUUAGUCUUCCUUUAAGAAACAAAGUUAGAUAUUACCUCAUUAACCAUACACAUUUUGGUGUAUAAAAUCAUUUUUGUAAUGCAACAUUUGUGAAUAUGUAAUUUUAUAUACUCAAAAUGUAUAGUAAAUUUACUUUAUGCAAUGUUUAUUUAAGUAUUAUUAAAAAAUUUUUUAUAUUGUUUUGUAAAUACUGUCUUUCAAAAAACAAUAAAAUUGUAUAUUUUAAUGUUAGAUAAUAAUGUUCCUUGUUUAAAUGAUCAUUUUGUAAUGUGAAUAUUUGUUGUUAUAUUGCAUAUUUGAACAAAUUAUAUUAAAUAAAAAAAUUGAAAAUUA